AUGGCCUCCAAGCUCAAGAUUGCAGCCAUCCAGGCCGAGCCCGUCUGGCAAGACCUCGAGGGCGGCGUCAACAAGUCCAUCACCCUCAUCGAGGAGGCUGCUAGCAACGGCGCCAACGUCGUUGGCUUCCCCGAGGUCUUUAUCCCCGGAUACCCAUGGAGCAUCUGGGCCCAGUCUCCCACUGACAAUGCCGGUUUCAUGGACGAGUACUUCCGCAACUCCCUCGUCAAGGACUCUGACGAGAUGAAGCGCAUCUGCGCCGCCGUCAAGGAGGCCGCCGUGUUUGUCGUCCUGGGCUACAGCGAGCGGUACAAGAACACAUUGUACAUUGCCCAGUCCUUCAUCGACGAGAACGGCGUCAUCGUGCACCACCGCCGCAAGAUCAAGCCGACGCACGUGGAGCGCGCCUACUGGGGCGACGGACAAGGCGAGUCCCUCCAGACGGUAGCGCCCAGCACGCUGUUCCCGUCCGUCAAAAUUGGCGGUCUCAACUGCUGGGAGCACACGCAGACGCUGCUGCGGUACUACGAGUACGAGCAGGACGUGGACCUGCACGUCGCGAGCUGGCCGGUCCUCUGGCCGCACCCGACGGACAAGGACGGGGUGAAGCAGGCGGACUGGCCGGGCCACAUCACGGACGAGAUGAGCAUGCGCUUCUCGCAGGUGGUGGCGCUCGAGGGUGCGUGCUUCGUCAUGGUCUGCACGCAGGUCGUCAGCGAGGCGUCCAAGAAGCGGUGCCGGAUCGACGAGUUCGGGUACGCGACCAACGCCGUCGGCGCGGGCGGCGGGUUCAGCAUGAUUUACUCCCCCUGGGGCGAGGAGCUCGUCAAGAGGCCGCCGCCUGGUGAGGAGUGCAUCUUGUACGCUGAUGUCGACCUCGCGGACAAGGCCAAGGCGAAGCAGAACCUCGAUAUCGUUGGGCACUACUGCCGUCCUGACCAACUGAGCCUGCGCGUCAACAAGUACCCGGCGCGUCCGGUCUUCUAUGCGGCCGAUCCUUGA